AAAAACAGUGCGCGGCGGUUACGUUUCCGUGAUAGCUGAGUAUUUGAAUCUAUAAACGUAAGCUACGCGACGUUAGCCGCAAAUGUACCGCAGUUCAAAUGUAUAUCGUUGUCGACAUGAAGUGCUUGAAAGUGGACGAGUACAUCAAGCGGACGGCUUCUGUGAAAGAGACUGAGCUUUUACUUCAAGAACUAGAGAGUUAUGUGAAGAGUCGACCAGGCCUUGAGGGUCGCACGCUGUGUGACAGGGUCAUUAGAGCCUGUAACCAUCAACUUGGAGCUGGAUCGCCUGAAUCUGACCAUGUCAGUCAGCUGGUAAAGCUGAUGGAGGUUUCGCUUCAUGGCUAUGAUAUUUGUACUGCACUUGUCCCCCAGAGUAGCCCUCUGUACAUGGAAAAAAUCAUAGUCCACAUCGUCAAAAAACUGAGCUCCCUAGAAGCUCACAGUUUAUGCAGCCAUGUAGCUGGUUUACUCUACAGCAGGCUUACCCCAGCACAACAGGCUGAGGACUACUGUGUUCUUUUACGGAGCUGCUUCUCAAUACUAUGGAGUGGACUAGCUGCCACCAAAGACAGAAAAAUACUGGCUCCUCAGGACAAGCUCCGCUACCAGAUGCAAGCUUUGAAUUUCCUCCUGUUGUUGAACACAGAAGUUGCAGGUUCCGCCUCCUCUAAAGCUCCCAUAUACACAGAGGAUGCCAUCACUGAAUAUGAGAGUGGUUGUGGAGCAGUGACCAAGGAGGAUGCCUCCUUUCUCCUCCAGGAAGUGCGCACACUUUUCAGCAGAUGCUGGACUAGCAGUCAAGGCUGUGAGGGGGACAGGUUCAAGCAGUAUACGGAGACAUCAGGUUUUUAUGUGCUUUCUGAAAUGGUGCUAGUUAUAGUUAAGGUGCUUUGUAAGGCUGGACACUACGAUCUGGCCUCCGCCUUCUUGAAUGAAAUUGAGAGCAAAGUGAGAAACUCUCCUGACUGUCCGUGCACACCUCUGUUGUUUGGCAAGUGGGUGGUAAAAAUUCAUUCAACAAUGAAGGCUGGCAAAGAGAAUGGUCAGGCUUUGACAGUGUGUGCCAGAGCCUUGAAGUCUCUCUCAGAGGACCUUGGGGACAGAGAAGCUCAUGCAAUUCUGGAGGGGUGCGGGCUCAUGUUGUGGGCUGUCGAAAGCGGACACACGAAGGGAUUAAGUGGACCUGUUCUCCUGGCCUUAUAUUCUUUUCUUGAGGAGCAUCAAAAGCGGAUUUUAGAUGUGCUAAAGAAGAAUUCCACAUGCCAGGCUGAAGGUAGCAGACUGCAAUUGGCCCUUUGUUUGAGCUUUUACCAAGGCUUUAUGUUUGCUCAUGAGAGUAUGCUUUCAUCACAGCUGGAAAACAGUGAUACACUGGACAGAGUGCUGCUGUACUGCCAAGCCACAGUUGGACAGAUGAUGACUGAACUGCGCAAGCUAUCCAGUGAAAACCUUCUUGUCAAAGCAGUGAUGGCUGUGAGCAACAUAGCUUGUAGAUUAUACAACCAGCGUCUCUAUGAGCAGGCCUUCACGCUAGUUGAGAUUCUCUGCAGAAAUCUAAGCAAGAAUUGCCCCGUCUCCCUCUCUGUUGAUAGGUUGAGUCGACCCUUCAUGCUGGCCGUGCAGACUUCACGGCGGGCCGGACAAAUGGAGCGAGCUCUGGACUGGGUGAUCCUGUGGCUGAAAGCUCUUGGGGACCAAAUCCUUACUCAUAUGGCAGAACCAGUCAGCCUGUGGGUGAAAACAAAGACUGAUGCCGCGCGUAACUCUGAUGAGGACAUCCGACUAAGGACAUUACGUGAUGGUUUUGGUUCUGACGUCCCUGAUGAGGAAGUAAUGCUCUCCCUUUUGGAGGAAGAGUUGCGUGCCUAUAAGGAGGUGGCAGGGGACACUGCCCAGGAGCGUUACAACACUCUCUGUGAUCUGUUGGACAUCUGCCACGAGGAGAGCUCCCACACCCACCUACGAGCCGUCUACCUGUGUGAAAUGGCCCAAGUUGUGUGCUUCCAGGAUUUCAGUGAACAGACUGACUGCACAGCAGUUGAUUUUACUGUUGAAGCUUUACGGCUACUGGAGGAAGAACCAGAGACUCCAGAAAAUGCUGAUAAACUGAAGGAUGACAAGGCCCACGCUUUACUUUGGCUCUACAUCUGCACAGUAGAGAAGAAUCUUCAGGAGGCUAUUGAGAAGGACAGAAAACUCCAAGAGGUGCGUGAGCAGACACGGUGUGUGGCCAACGCCAUAGGAACCAAUGACUUUGAUUAUGAAGACAAGCAGAAGACACAGGACAGUAUUUUGGUCUAUGAAGGCCUGCAUUUCAACCUGGCUGCAGAGAACAAAAUUGUCAAGAAUCAACAAAAGAUGGGACAUGUUGGAACUGUUUUGAAGCUGUCCUUUACUUCCACUGCUGCAGACAAGAUACUGGACAAAAGGGGCUGUUUGUGGGGCCUCGAGCCUUUGGAAAGAGCACUACAUGAGUGGUCCACUCUUCUACACAGUAAAAUUCUGCCUUCUGUCAGGAGCCCCAAAAAGACCUGUAGCUCCAUUGCUUUGACUGCAGCUCUCUUCAGACUCAAGGGAAAGCCUCUAAAGGCUUUGGAAGCUUACCAACUGGUUACUGGACUUUCACGUCACCUUGCUGAUUCCCAGAGUUGUGCCAGCUCCCUCUGUCUAUCAGCCAGCCUCCUCCUAAAUAUUGGCACUCCUGAACUGGCUUUGGCCCAGGUAGAGCAAGCAGAAAAGCUUCUUAUAUCAGAUGGCACUGCCGAGGGACCUUCUUCUCUUUCAAUGCUGGCCAUCCUGUUGAAAGCUCAGUACUGCUACAGCACAGGACAGGUGGAUCGUGGAGUCCCUUAUCUGUGUGAGGUACUUAAAGAGGUGAACGAGCAGAGACAAUCAAAGAGUUGGUACCUUCUACGUGCACGGGCGCUUCAGAUCUGCUGCUUAUAUCUCAGUCUGGACACAGCUGUACUGCCCCAAGCCCAGCGGUGCUCUAUUACACAGCAUGGUAUAAAAAACCCGGACACUGCCCUCUAUGAAGGUCUGAAGCUUCUUGCCAGCCUGCUUGUCACAUUAGUGGGCAGAGGCCUAUAUGGGACUAAUGGCGGCAGCUCAGAUGUGCGCUUUGUCGACCAAGGAGAUAACCUGUUGCUGAAAUGGCAGUUGCUCUCAGAGCUUUUAAAUUGCUCUAUGAAGAUGGUGGCCAUGAGGAGCAGCUGUGGGGCUGUCAAUGAUGCCAGGCUCCAGUGCCUAGAAGCCCUUAAACUGGCCAUCAAGCUGCAAGCACUUAGCCAAUGUGCUGAGCUAUUGGUGAUGAAAGCUGAGCUGGAACUGAUGCAGGGGGAAAGAGAGGAAAGUGAAAUUGAUUUAGACAAAGUCAGGAACCUACUGGAGCUCUGCACAGAUUUUACUGAUCAAGUGCAGAAGGCAGGGGUGAAAAUUAGGCCAAGGAAAGGUUGUCCAGUGCAGAAAUCUCAGUCUCCCGCUUCUACCUUGGAGGAUGAGUUUAAGGGCUUCCUGACCACUAGGUUGAUUGCCAGAGAACCUGUAGUUAGGGAUAUGGCCAGCUCCCCACCUCUCAAAGCCCGACCCUCCCGCUGGCUCUCCUCACUGGCACAUGAAUCUGACUGCCAGUGUCCCUGCUGCUCUGAGCCCUGUCUGGGCCGUGCCACUGCACGCUGGGCAGCUACACAGGCUGAUCUGGUUCUUCAGCUGGACCCCAAUGAUGGCAAAGUCUAUUUUAAACUUCAGUGGGCAGCAUUAGCUCGCUGUAAGAGGGUCACUGCCAGUCUAGGAGCAAAACUAGAAAAACUCUUUCCAUCCCAUGGCCGCGCCAAAGGCUUGUCAAAGCCUUUGUUGAUGCAGGAUGUGGUUGGUCGUGUGUACCUUCGUAUGGCUCUGUCUGGGCUGGAACCAAGGCUUAAUAAGGUCUGUAGUAUAUGGAAAAUACUGGAAGCUGGCUUAGCAUUUGUUGAUUCCACACCCUCUCCAGUGUUAAGAUCUGUGAGGGCAGGCCUAAUGGUAACCAAAGCCAUAGUAUCAUUAAUGACCUUGGCCUCUGCAAAAGGCUGCGCCCCAGUGGAGCUCUUCUCCAGUGCUUGGACCUGGAAUGUACCAAAAGUGAGUAAAGAGUUGAAAUCAGAACAGAAGACGGUGCCUCCCUCAUCCUUGCUUAAAAAGUCUAAAGACUCUGACAUGACUGACAAGACAAAGAAGGUCAAGGUUGUGAAGCCCAGGGUUCAAAAGACAAGCUGCUCAACCACAGGAAAGGGGCAGGUCCCCAUGACCCCAGUAAUGGUUAAAUCAAAGCCCUCUGUUAAGGACCUCGACUCUUUUGACUUCAACACAGUGGUACCUACGUUGUCUUGUACUCCUGUUCAAAAGGUGAAGGCCUCUGCCUCAGUGCAGAAACCACCAAGGACUGCUCCUAGGCUACAGUUUCAUGUGUAUAAAGAGUUGUCACCGGUUCAAGACAAAGUCCAACCUGUGCCUGCUGCCCCCAGACGCACAAAGAAGUCACGCUUUAAGGUGGAAUUUAGCGAUGAGAGUGAUUCAGAGGCUAAUACCCAAACAGAGCCCAAAGAAACAACAGAUGUUCCUAAAAGGCGAGCAACUGGUAGAAGAGCUGUCCACAGCACUAAAACAGCCCCAGACCCACCUGCACAGAAGGUCCUACCUAAGAGGCAGGCUAAGAGCAAAAAGGGCACUGCUGUGCUUUGGGCCACAUCUUCUGAGGACGAUGAGACUUUGUGUCAGCCUGCUUCCAUAAGACGAGGAAGAACCAGGAGGCAGCUGACAAGUACAGACUCAGCAACGGUGGAGGAACCUGAUAAAUUCAGGACCAUUGAGGAAGAAACUAAUGAAGUUCUGGACAUGAGCACUGAACAGCUUAGGACAUCAGACACUGAGACGGAACCCGUUCCUGCUUCAAGUAAAGAUAUCGACAUUGAUUCUGAGGUCCUGCGGAGAGAUAUGUGUUGUGAUUUGGUGAGAGAUGACUUGUCUGAUCUGAGGAGCAGAGGUCAUCUGAGUGAAGGUUUACAAACCCUGUCUCAUUCAAACAACAGGCCAGACAAUCUUUCUCUUGAGGAUGUUCAGUCCCUACUCCACUCAGCUUGGCUGGGCUUUCAGCACUUCCCACCUCCCACCAUCUACCCGACCCUCUGUGCUCUUUUGGCCUUGACCACAGGACAGCAGGACCCUGUAACUACAGCAGUGCUACAUGCCCAGUCCUUAGGCAUCACAAGCCGUCAUCGCACCAUCAGGCAUUUAGCUAGUUGUCUCAAAAAGCUGACAAAGUCGUCCAGUGAGUUGGCCGACAAGAUGGAUGCUCUGAGUCUAAAUGAGCUCAAUUCAACAGAGUCCAGGGUUUCUGAACAGCGGUUGUCCCAGUUGGAAAACAUAUUUUCCUUUCCUACUGCCGACUCCUCAUCUUUUCCCCAGAGCCAUUGCCAUAGUUUUCUCCAACAACUUCAACAUCUUCCCCCAGGUGUGACAGUGUGUAUGAUGUCUGUGCUUGGACUAAAACCUGGGGAGAUGGGCAACAGCAUCCUACUGUCACGUAUUGAGAAGGGAUCUGCCCCCAUCACUGUUCACAUCCCCACAUGUAAACAGCAGCACCCCAUUAGUUGGCUGGUGCAGGAGAUUGAUAGUAUUAAGGUGGAACAGAAGGCUGUGAGCUGUGUGUCUGAGAAAGCCAAGUGGUGGGAGGGCCGCAGGGCGCUUGACGCGCGAGUUGAGCAACUGUUGAAGGAAAUGGAGGGGUUGCUCGGAUGCUGGAAGAGCUUCCUUCUACCACAUUCAUCAGAUCCUGAGCUCACCAAACAAGCUCAGCAUGUUUGCAAGGCCUUGUCUGCCAGAGGAGUGACAGUCAGUGAGGAGAUGCUGAAGGCCGUGCUGUCUGCAUCUCCUGUGCUUUCCCAAGAGGAACUCCAAAGAUUUGCUCUGGGAGUGUCUCCACGUUGGGAUACGGCGUGUGACCAGCUUCUCCAGACAGCUGUGUCCCGGCUCACAGAUGGGGAUGAACCCUUGGGUCAUGUGGUUCUCAUCCUGGACAAGUAUCUUCAGAAGUUGCCAUGGGAGAGCAUCUCCAUCUUAAAGUCUCGCUCUGUCAGUCGCAUGCCUUCUCUGUACUCACUGAUUGGACUGGGCGUUCAGAAAGAGACUGAUUCUGAGUCCAUAUUGAAUCAAGGUGUGGAUAAAAGCAAGGUGUUUUAUGUGCUGGACCCUGACGCCAAUUUAGAGGACUCAAAGGACAGAUUCAAGGAAUGGUUUAGCAGACUGGACUGGGAAGGUGUGUGUGGAGUUGCUCCUGACUCAGGUCAGCUGGAAGAAGCAGUUGCAACAAAGGAUCUAUACAUCUACGUGGGUCACGGUGCAGGCGCACGGUUCCUCGACAGCCAAGCAGUGCUGAAACGGCAGGUGAAAGCAGCUUCUCUGCUUUUUGGCUGCAGUAGUGCUGCUCUGGCAGUGUGUGGGGAUCAGGAGGGACAAGGCAUCAUUCUCAGCUACCUCAUGGCAGGCUGUCCCCUUGUUUUGGGAAAUCUGUGGGAUGUGACGGAUCGGGAUAUUGAUCGCUUCACUAAAGCCUUGUUGGAGACCUGGUUGAAUGCUGGAUCUGGAGCUUCCCUUCUGGAUUACAUGGGUCCAUCACGCCAGGCCACACACCUGAAACACCUUAUAGGAGCUGCACCUGUCAUCUAUGGCCUACCAGUCCACCUGCAGUAGGUGGGCUGCAAGCUAAAAUAAAAAAACAGGAUGCAAGCAGUGCAGUAUCCAGACAUUGUUUUAGCACAGGAGGAUGACUUGAACAUUAAGUUUAAUACUUUUUUUUUUUUUAAUUUUUCAAAUAAGUGCUUUUUUAUUUUUUGAAUAAGUGCUUUCUUUUUUAAACUGAUUCUUCCAUUUUUAAAACUGUGUUGCUAUAGUGCAAAUGGUUUUAAAUGUCUUGCAAGAUUUUAAGUAUUUUAAUGUAUCCUUAAUAUGCUGAUUAAACACUUUUGAAUGAAUGUUCUCAAAGUCGGUCUGUGUCAUAAUCACAUUUAAACCAAGAGAUAGGAGAAGCUUGAAAAUGGUAUUUACAGUAUCUUCUAGAAGGAAUAAAAAGUUCACUGUGGG